AUGAAAAUAUCCGAAAUAAAAGUGCUUAAGAUCACAAAAGAUGCUCCAAGCACAAUAUUGUAUGAAACGAGCUAUGAGCAAGAAGAAUUUCAAACAACAACUUUGAACAGGAUAAAGAAAAAUAGAGAUGUAAAAUUAAUAUACGCUUACAGCCAGAAGGUCGGAUUCACAAAUAAAAAGAAGACUGGGCUACUGGCACUAUUUAAAAGAAGGAACAAGCCGAUACCAAAAAAUUACUUGCCGUUUUUUGAAGCAGUAUAAUAACGUUUAUUGAUCAUUUCUGUUUUAUAUGUUGCAUUAUAAUAAAAUAUGAUUUGGAGUUUAUCUUUUUCCAUAUUUCAUAUCUCACCAAAAACUAUAAACAUUUCGGAAGAAUAAUGUCAUAUUUGCGAAUUAGUUUAAAUUUUUAGUUUUGGGAAGGAUUCUAUCUUUUAUUGGUAGGUGUUCUUAGGGACAAUUGAAAGAGUUUGAGUAUA